AUGCCCAUGGUGUGCAUGUUGGGUGGUGCCAACCUUUUUCUUGUUAUUAUUUUAUUUAGUUUUUUUUUCUCUUUUUCGGCGGUGGUGGCGGGGAAUUCUGCUGGUCACGGGGAAUUUGAGUUUGAGUUGGGGUCGCUACCGAGCACACAGGAGGGGUCGUUCCAGUGUGGGCUGCAGAAACAGUGGUUUGUACUGAACGAAAAAAAUCGACCUUUUUUUAUGGUUACUGAGGGAGAAAUCGAAGUGCAGGUGCUCUCUACCCACUACGAUGUGAACAGUUAUAGGACAUACGUUAAAAAGCUUAUAUCAGGGACGGAUCCAGGAGUUAUCUCUCCAUUCAGCGUAUGUUUGUUAACGACACAGCCUCGACUGUACCGUGAAAGUCAACUGGGUAUAUUUCAUGGAAAAGAGGCAACGAUAAAUUAUUCCAGUCAAGAUUUAACACAUUUUGUGGAUAGAACUUAUAUGGCAUUGGAGACGGUAUUGGUGUUAAAAUUUUUUGAGUAUCGUAAUUGGCAGAAUUUGUUGAAUGAAAUGGAAGCGAUGUCCAGUUACCCCGGUCCAAAGAAAGAGGAAAAAUCCACGGGAAAGCCAAGCGUCGAUUGGGAUUCACCAAGUGGGGUUGAAGGAGGAAUAUGCAGUUUCCCAGCUCUCUUCACUAUUCACAUUGACAGUUUUGGUGCAUACCAAGCUUCCAAUGGCAUUCGGCAGCUGCAAACCCGCUCCCACGUCAUUGCUGUACUCGCGCAGUGUAGCCAUAUACCUAUGAAGGUGAAUAUUCAGGUUCGCAUGUCAAAUGCAGAUGGAAAAGGAAGCUCGGAGUACAUUUCUACAGAGAAAAUCUACCUAUUUUACUUGGUAGCAUACAUUGUAUUAUUUGGAAUUUUGUUAUUUCUCAUUUUACCAUGUGGAUCUUUGUCUCAAAAACAUUCCGAGACCACAUCUUUAGAACGCCUCAGCGAAAGCAGCGGAGGUGUUGAUCACACAAAUUCUUCAACUGAGUUUGGUGGCUCUAGGCGUGGCAAUAUCAAUGAGGCGGAGAGAGGAAAAGCGAGACCCUCAACAAAUGGACAAAAUGAAAGACGUGGGUUGAAUUUGACGUCAUUAGAAAAUGUUUGGGAGACAACACCAGAAGCCGAGAAUGCAAAUUCAGCGGCCACGAACUCAGACUCCAGGCGAAGAUGCUCCACAGCAUGCUGCGACGCUUUUCGGAGCAAAAUACGAAAUAUUUGCAGUCAAUACUUGUUGAUUUUAUAUCCGCCAUUGCAAUGGCUUGUCCUGACAUGUCUCAUUUUACGAGGAGGUGUUUGUCUACUGCGUUUAAUACAGUAUCGUAUACUUUCAGGCUCCUCAGUGGCAAAACCAAACGGUAGCAUUGAUAUUCUUUCUAUUUUGCUAUCUGUGUGUACCCGUACGGCAGUAUUUGUGAUGCAACAGCUUGUAUGCAUCGGUUGGGGUUGUGCAUACGAGCGACCGCCGACGAUAAAGAUUGUGACGGUUUCAUUGGUAUCCAUUACUACCUUCUUUGCCUAUGUAUUUCAAGGCACCUGUGAUGAGGACAGUAUUCCAACAAAGUUUACUGCUUCUGAUGGACACAGACAAUUCACGACCGCUCGAUGUGUGAAGAUUCAGACGAUUGCUAUAGCCUGUGAAAUGUUGGGUUGGCUGAUAAAUCUUUUUCAGCUUACAACAGUUAUGGCAACCAUUGGCCGUGCUGCUGCAACAGGGUCAAAACAAGGAAGGCUCACCACAUCAGAGAGCCAGACAUCACUUUAUCUGCGUUACCGUGGAAUGUGUGUACCUUAUGCGUUGGGUAUUAUUGUGCCGCAAAUACUUUUUGUUGCCUUCUCCAACACCCUCAUGCGUGUGGAGGACUAUUACGUUGAGGUGGCACUUAAUGAAUUCUCGCAGUGGUACGCACUGGCCUUUGUCUUGCUAUUCUUACGAAAGGAGCCUUUGUACAUUUGA